AUGCACUCUUUCUUUUUCCUUCAUACUUUAUAUCAUGACAGCAAAUGAUGCAGCACUCGGUUUCGGCGAUCUUGCAAAAAGCAUUCGAGAUGACGAUACACAAAGUAGCUUUCCUGAUGUAGACGACUUUAUUAAUUCACAAAACAUUCAACUCUCACCCGACAUUCGUGAGUCAUGGACAGCUGCCCCGUUAUCCCAAAAAGUUGAACUGGAAGAGCUUAAGACCAUAUUUAAAAACAACAGUGCGAAUGUCGAAUCAAAGGAACAUAUGGAAAAGGCUCUCAGUUGCAUACGCGCAUUUCUGGCGGAAACGAAACAUAUUCCGGACCUGUUGGAACGAGCCGACGAGGCAUUAAGCUCGAUAAGUGGAUCACGAGAAAAACUGGCACAACUCAUCGCAAGUACCGAAAAUGGGAUGCCAAAAUAACCUGUUUUCUUAUGAAGUACAAAGACAUGUAAACAACCACUAUGUACAUAUAAUGCAAUACAACCAAUCUAUCACUAUACUACCAUAUUAUUACUCAUUUAAUCGAGUUAAUUGGCGAUAGGCGCAUCUUGGAAUGUUGGAGUGUGUGUAUGUUUGAAAGCACUAUUUAAAGCAUGGUGCCAUACACUUGCCCGAUGUCCGGAUUAUCAUCGUAGAAAUUUCAUGCAUAUGGAACUACUGAGUCAAAUGACCAAGUGAAUAAGCUAGACCAGCAGUAGAAGUCUUUUUUUCCCAUUAUGCC